AUGGAUCAAGUGCUGUGCUCAAAAGAGUGUUGUCAUGGCCUCCAAGAGGACGGUAACAGUUAUUUUCUCAAAUCUUAUGAAGCCAUUCGGCCAGUGACUGUCACUGGCUUGUGGGAUGCUCCUCCUAGAAUCCAAAGAACGUCAGAAACAGUCUUCCAGAAUCAAAGACAGUCUAACUUGGAGCAGGAAGUGGUCCAGAAGAAAUUGAACCAGCUCUCUGUCCAGCUGAAAGAUGAUCAAGACUUAAGGGCCAAGGAUCAACUUGAAGCUUCACAGUUGAUUGAACAAUUGAACAAAACCCUGAACUUGAGGACCAAGGAUCAACUUGAAGCUUCACAGUUCAUUGAAAAACUGAACAAAACUCUGAACUCGAGGGCCAAGGAUCAACUUGAAGCUUCACAGUUGAUUGAACAACUGAACAAAACCCUGAACUUGAGGGCCAAGGAUCAACUUGAAGCUUCACAGUUCAUCCAAGAACUGAACAAAGCUUCACAGUUCAUCCAAGAAUUGAACAAAGCUUCACAGGUCAUCGAACAAUUAAGCAAAGCUUCACAGUUCAUUGAACAACUGAACCGAACCCUGAGUGCCGUUUGCCGUCCAUGUCUCUCUGAGUGGAAGUUCUAUAAGGAUAGCUGUUACUACUUUUCUGUUACCCGAAAGCCAUGGGAAGCAGCCAAAAAGGCGUGUGAAGCAGAUUUUUCCAACCUGGUCAUCAUUAGCUCUUCUGAAGAGCAGAACUACCUGAAGCUGAGGGCAAACUUCAACCACCAACUAUGGGUGGGACUCAGUGACAAGAAGAACGAGGGCUCCUGGCACUGGGUGGAUGGAACAGCUCUUGGGCAGUCCUUUUGGAAUGAGGGAGAACCCAACAAUGCUGGUGAUGAGGACUGCUGUGAGCUGAUUCCUAAUGGCUGGAAUGAUGCACCUUGUAACAAAGAGAACUACUGGAUUUGUGAGAGAAAAGCUUCCCCUUGUCCCAUGCUCUGAGGAGCUCCAAGGAUUGUGGGUGCUGAGCUGGGGAACAGUGCUGACUACAUCUGGAUAGAAGAGAAGAGUAGAUGGGACUGGGAGCUAGAACUCCUGGGUCAGUCCCCAAGCUAGUCUGCCCUCUCCACACUCCUGUAUCUCAGUUUUGUGAGUCCUGGCCCCCUGUUUUCUGUCAUGAAGGCCAAAGUUCCCUCAGAUCUCUCAAAUAAACUCUUCCCCUGACACUAUCUCCCAUACUAAUCUCCAUGGCUUUGGCUGUGACCUCUACAUAGCUGACUCCCAGGUCUACCUCUC